AUGUCUUCUCUUGCUGGCUAUUUACUCGACAAGCAAAAACAAGUCAAAUCUAAAUCCCAGUUGAGUUCAUCAUUUGCUCCGAACUUGGCAACAAAAAAGAAGGUUGGAGGAAGCACGACCUCUGGUGUACCAUCCUCUUCCAAUGCUACAACUCCAACCACUACUACUACAACAACAACAACAGCAUCAUCAUCCGAAGUCGCGGGAGUAGGUCCACUUCAUACUGCAUCAUCUACCACAACAACUACAACAACCAGUAGAGUUGGUGAUCCGAUCACUCCUCUGCAAAAUAAUUCUCUUGAAGAAGAUAAUAUUUCGUUGGAUCAUUCACAAGCGUUAAGCUCGGAAACAACAAGUCCAAAAACCAUUGCAACCAACAAUAGCGAUCAAUAUGAAAAUGACGAUUCUACAUCUAGUAAAAGUUCUAAUAGAAAGAAGAGAGGAAAAGGAAGAAAACGAAAAACUAACGACAACGACGAUGAAAAUUAUUCGGAUGAUCAAUCUGAUUCAAUUUCAACAAAUUCAAAUUUAACAUCAACCUCAAGCACAUCUAAAUCUUCUACUAGGUCAAAAUCAAAAAAGUUAAAGAAGCCAACUGGAGAAUUUAAAACUAUUUCUGACUUUAUCAGGGAUGCAAUUUUAAACGAUUACAUUUCAGAAACAGCAACAAAUAACAAUAAUGCUAACGUUUCUGCCGUACAAGCCAACCGAAUCAGUGCAGACGAAUUUGUUAACGAUGAUGAUUAUGAGCUUGCUAAUUCUGAUUUAAACGAAUCAUACAGGGAGAAAAUUCAUGAAAUUGAAUUUGAAAAUAAUUCCGAUAAUUUAUCGUCUGUCAGUGUGCCAUCAUCGAAAUACAGUGAUUUUGUUGAAGUAAAGCCAAAACCAAGUAUUAUUGGAUCCUCAAAAAGAGCCACAAAUAACGAAGAAAAUGAUGACUUGGAGGACUUUAAUAAUGAAUUUGAUGAUGAUGAAGUAGAAGAAUAUGAAAAAACCAUUGGUCCUUCUAUUUUUUCUUUUGACAGCGAAGGAAAUAUUAAAUUGCAAGAAGAACCAUCUAAAGUGGAACUCACUCCCGUCACAGAAACAGGAAGAGGUGAAUUCAAUUAUUCAAGGGCCAUGAGACUUGCGAACCUUGAUAAAAACAAACCAAUCACACAAGCAACAUAUGCUAGAAGAGGAAAGGGAGAAAGAUGGACAAAAGAAGAAGUUGAGUUAUUUUACAGUGGAUUAAGGCAAUUUGGUAUGGAUUUUUCAAUGAUUUCAAGAUUGUUCCCAAAAAGAACAAGAAGAGAAAUCCAUCAAAAAUACAAGAGUGAAGAAAAAAAGAAUAAGAAAAAGGUUGAGUUCGCCCUUAAAAACAGAGCACCUAUUGACCUCUCACUCUUCCAAAAGAAAAGUACAGAAAAGGAUAAGAUACAAGGUAUUGUCAGAAAGAAAGUCACCAAACAACCAGAGACAGCCCCAGCCACUAUCGAUCAAAACGAAUUUGAAGAAGUCACUGCAACUAAACAAACUACGGAUCGCUCUGAUAUGGAAACUACUCAUGACUAUGCAGAGGAUGAAUUUUAUGAUGAUCUUGAUGACUUUGAGGAAUAUGGAACUACAUCUGCGACUAACAAAUCUACUGCUAUCAAGACAAAUGCAAGCAAAUCUACAGAGAAUCAUCAUGACGAAUUUGAAAGCGAUGAAGAGUACCAUGACUCUUUUGGAAAGGGCGUUCUCGGCAAAGAUGAUGACGAGUUCGAAUGA